UGAAAAAAUGAUUUGUUGGAAUUUCCUAUUUCUACAACUUAUCUUGUUAUUCACCAUUGUAUCAUCUGAAUCGAUUGUUGAAAAUGAAGAUCAACUCGAAGAAUUCUUGAAAUCGUCAAAAAUGUCUCGAGAAUCAAAGCAAAUGCUCAGAGAGUAUCAAAAGGAAGGAGCUCUUCAAUUUCCUCUGGAUCCAUUCAACUUUCUAGCUCAACUUCAAUCAAUGUUUUCUCAACUUCCGAAUAUCUUCUCUUCAGUUUUCAAAUUUCCAUUCUUUUUCAGUCCAGCUGAUACUCGAAUAAGUGUAGAUAAAUCACAUAAAGAUGAAGACUAUUAAUUAACAAA